UUGACUUCAUAUGUUUUUUAAAUAUUGGUGAAGAUGCUCACCAAUCAGACUCAAAGGAACAACACUGUUGAGCUGCAGCGUGAGGGACUUCUGGGGGUGGUACUGUUCUCUGUUGUGACCACUCUGCCCUGCUCUGUGUUUCUCUUCAUUAAUCUAACCGCUUUAUACACCCUGAGAAGUAAAGACAUGUUUCGGGAGACGGCUCGCUACGUUCUUCUGUUUAACCUCCUGCUUGCAGACACACUGCAGAUGGCAAAGAGUCAAGCGCUGUUUCUUCUGUCUCUCAGUAGAGUAACUCUGUUGUAUCCCGUCUGUGCCACUGCGUUAGCAUUUUAUUCUCUUCCUCAUAGAAUUUCUUCAAUAACUCUGGUGAUUAUGUGUUUAGAGAGAUACACAGCUGUGUGCUAUCCUCUCAGACACAACGCCAUCGUCACCACCAGAAACACCACGUUGGUUAUUUGGGUCGUUUGGACUUUCACUUCACUAAAUGUCAUGAUUCAAAUAAUUAUGAUGUUCAAGUUUUUAUUAGAAGAACACCGGCACAUGCAGAUGGCAGACUUUUGUGGAAAAGGGGAUAUGCUUACUGAUCCAGCAUCUGACCUUUACGACAAAGUCUCGACCUACUUCCUGUUUGUGCUCGGAGGUGUAACAGUCAUUUUCUGCUACACUGGUAUCAUUGUAGCAGCUCGUUCUGCUGCCACAGAUAAAGAAUCAGCCAGCAAAGCCAAAAGGACUCUGCUGCUGCAUCUGCUGCAAAUGGGCCUCACAGUGUUGUCAACAAUACACAAUUCAUUGAUAACACCCAUCUCCAAAAAUCUAGACAGAGUUCUUACUGUGCGUCUUCAGAUUUUCCUUUAUGUUUCUGUAACUAUUCUUCCUAAAUGUCUAAACUGCCUCAUUUAUGGUCUGAGAGACCAAACAAUCAGGCCGAUCCUCAUACUCAAUCUCAGCUGUCAGUGGAGAGGCUCGGUUUCAUUCCCUGUAAUUAUGAAUAAGAAAAACCCCAGAGUACAUGUCACGUGA